GUGAUGCGGUAAUGAGUCAUCUGUUCUCGCCCAGUUUUUCCUCGUCUAGUCUCUGCUUUACGAAGUAAAAUAUACGAGUGAUAUUUUAUUAUAAGCUUUCCAUUUUAUUUCUUUCUCCUAUAAAUUCUGCGACAGGAAGAAGUGACUGAUUCUCGAGCGCCGGGCGAUGGUGAAGAUGGAGGGCGGAGAGCCGAGCGACCAGUGCCCUCCCUCGCUGGCAGCCAGCGACGCGUCGUUCGUCGUCUUGGAGAACCCGUCGUUCCUCGAGGUGGGGGGGCCGGAGCUGCCCGGGUCCCUCGACGCCUCUGGCAGGCCGCGGCAGCACGACGGACAGGCUGACAGCUACUUGUGGGAUUCAAUGGCAUCGAACGUUGGGCCUGAGGAAAUUCAAAAAAGACUCAGGGAAGUUCAUCAAGAGAAUUUGGAGUUGAAAGAGAUGCUGAGCCAGAACAACCUGGCGAUGAAGAACCAGUUGGCGACACUGCUGGCCUGGCAGACGCAGGUGAAGGCUGUGUUCCAGCAGCACGGGGAGAAGUUCUCGGAGACCGGGGCCCUCAUACACAAGCUUAGAGCAGAAAACACGAUGCUGAAGAAUGUCAUUGAACAAAAGAACCAGACUACAGCCAGGAUCGAAGGCAGCAACUUGGAGGAGCUUCUGCAGGCGGAGAACGCGGAGCUGAAGGCGGAGAACGCAGAGCUGAGGCGGGCGGCGGAGGAGCUGGGCAGGCGGCGGCCGAGCCGGGAGUCUCCCAGCGGCAAGGAGGCGGAGCUGGUGUCACUGCUGCGGCAGGUGAACGAGCGGCUGGAGGCCGCGGAGCGAGCCCGCCGCCAGCUGGGCGUGGACCUGGAGCGGGCGGGGGCUCAGCGCGCCGGGCUGGAAGCUGAGGUGGCCCGUCUGGGGGCCCGGCUGGAGGACGAGCGGCGCGACAAGGCCUCGCUCCGCGAGCAGAUGUCUACCUUGGCUGCAAGUAAACAAGAGCAACCGUCUGCCAGUGAGGAGACGCUGAGGCGGCAGCUGGCGGAGCUGCGGGCCCAGUGCGAGCGGCUGGCGUCGGACAAGGAGGAGCUGUCCCGGGAGCUGGACGGCCUGCGCGGCAGCGAGAAGCAGAGCGCGGCCUACGCGCAGUCGCAGGCGCAGGGCUUCCAGGAGAAGCUGGACCGGCUGACGGCGCGGCUGGUGGAGCGCGACGAGGCGCUGGCCUCCAGGGACGCCGAGCUCAGGAAGCUGCAGUUGGAGAACGAGGGCAUCGAGAUCCUCAAGGCCCAGGUGGAGGUCUACCAGUCGGACUUCAACGCGGAGCGGGAGGGCCGCGAGCGACUGGCCGGGGAGCGGGAGCAGCUCGUGGAGGAGCUGCGGCUGCUGCAGCGGGCCAAUCAGGAGCUGAGCAAGGAGCUGGCCACGGCCAAGCGUGCCGCCCCCCCGCCCUCCGCGCCCGCCUCGGGCGGAGCGGGCUGGAACACCAUCGCCGCCCCCAGCAGGAGCCAUGGGCAGACCCGCCAGCCGUCCCCUGGGCGUCAGACAACCCACGAGCCGGCCAGGGUGUACGAUGAGGAGGUGCCCCCUCCACGCCGGUACGAGUGCCCCAUCUGCAACGAGUCGUUCUCACUGUUGGACCAUCUGCAGCACCACGUCGAUACCUGCAUCAACGAUUAGCGACUUUCAGUGCAGAUCACACAGGCCUGACACGGACAUUGUUACUGCAGUGAAAUCUAAUUGAAACAAGCCUGAGAGAAAGAGAAAAAAACGUUUUGGCACAUCAUGAUGAAAGAACGCCUUACUGAACUCUUACUAAAUGAUUGCCAUAUCUUGGGGAUCUGAAAACAUUGACUUAAAGUGAGAAAUCAUUGUGAGGUACUUUGUAAUUAGGUUCCACUGUAUUUUGUCACCUGUGCCAAUAUUUUGAGUAUUGUUUGAAGUUAUUUAUGUUGUGUUUGUGUGUUUUUAAUUUUAUAUAUUUUAGAUUUAGUUAGGAUUAGGUAGUACUUAUAUGUUGAAAUAUAUGUAUUGUAAAAUAUAUUGUAUUGAAAUAUGUUAACUGUAUUAAAUAUAUUGUAUUGUAUAGUAGUUUAUGAAAUAUUUUAUUUAACUGUUGUUGUAAACUUUUUUUUCCCCCCUAAACUUGACUUCUCAUUUUUGCAAUGAUUUUUUUUCAUUUGGAUGUAGAUUUUGAGGUACAAUAAUACUUUUCUUUGUGAACUGAAAAUUUUUUAAUUGAAAAUAAAUACUUAGUUACAUAUUUUUAUUGAUUAGCUUAAUAUUAUGUAUAAAAUUAUGUAUGUGUAUUUUCAGCAUGAUAUUUGGAAGUUUGAAUAUGCCUACAUGGCUAAAAAUUUAGGUACUUGAUACUCAAGUAACUAUUUAAUAUAAGUACAUGACUUAUUUUUGAGUGCCAUUAUAUUCCAAGACUUUUUUAACACAGAAAUAAGAUCUCGUUGGUCACAUUUUAAUUAUGUCUUUAAUAAAAGGUUUUAUUUUGUCUAUAAAUUUUUACGUAUGUUGAGUUGGUGGAUGGUACUGUAGUUAAAACAUGUUUUCAUGUUAAUUAUAUACAUUGUAAGUCAGAAGAACUGAUUAAAACACUCCGCAUGGUACUGUAUCGAAGGUGUGUGUUUCUGUUCUGAUGCAGGAUUUAGUGAUGGGCGGAAUGAUUCACUUGACUGAAUCCAUUAUUUUGAAUUAGUACCACGUAGUGUUUCGUUCAUUUUGUUGUUAUUUUAGUUCUGACCACCGACAAAGGGAUCCGGCACAUCUCAAGAGUCACAACUCGUUCCACCUGUUCAAGUGUCCCCAUUACAUCCAAGUGGCUGGCCUUGUCAUCUGGUUGAAUAUCUGGUCGGCUCAGGUAGCUGAAAUUCCAGAUUUCUUGCUAUAUACAUACUGACUGUUACAAAAAUGUGCAUGAUCGUAUUUCAAACCUCUCGCCGAUAAAUUUAGUAAAACAAAUUCUAGACAUUCAAUGAUAAAUAAUUGUAACGUGAUACUUGUUCAGUCGCUAACCCCCCACUCCCUCCCCUUGUCAUGUUACCCUUUUAACACGUGCACGCUGUGAUUACUAAUUACUGUGACUCCUGACAUCAUGAGUCACUUUACGAUCGUAUCAGACCGGCUGGUUCUUCUCUAGUUCUCUCUGCAUUUUAUAUUCUCCUGAAUCGUGUUCUUGUUUUGAGUAAUCGACUCUCAAAGAACAGAUUCUUUACGUAGCGAACGAAUCAUAUGCUAUUUUUUCGCUCAAAGAUACAUUCGUUUUUGAUCGAAUCGUUCACGAACGACACGACACUAGAAGGAUUGUGAAUUAGUAACUGAAAACCUUUCGGUCUAAAGUGACGCUAGGUUGGGAAAAUUUCUUGAGGGCUUGGAGGAAAUAGUCACAGACUUUUCCAUAUAUCAUUGCAUGGUUAAUAUCAAAAUAAUUUCCUCAAAACAAUUUUAAUGCAUGUCGUUUUUUAAAAUUAUAAGAGUUAAAAAUUAUAUUAAAAUUCAAUUUUAAAACAGUUCAUUAACUUAUUCUAUCAGGAUUUAAAUAUGACCAACUUUAACUUAAAAUUCCAGUGUUAAGAUGAAUUAAAAACAAACAUUGUGAUCUGGGCUUGCCAAAAAAUUGAGUGUGUAGUGUGUUGUGUGUUAACGAGACUAAAUUUGUUGGUACAUAAUGACAAUAAGUAUGUAUAAUAAUAAAAUUACGUCUGUUUGCUGUAAAUUUUGGGUGUCCAGUUUUUUUUUUUUUUUUUUUUUGUAUUUGAAAAAGAAAAAAACUCUUCAGUAAGUAAAAGUUUACUAAGAUAUUGUAGAGUGAUGAUAUUAAAGUUAAAAACGGGGGAAAUGUAUAUUUUGUGUAUGUUACAUCAUAUGUAUUAACAUCAGUAGUGAAGGUGCUAAUUUAAGUAUUAUACACAUUAAAAAAAAAUUCUAUUUCAUUGGUUUAUGUAACACAAUUCAAAAACAUAAGUUUUAUUGUGUUACUUACCUCGCUUUAAUUUAAGGAAGAAGAGCCGUGAUAGACAACUUAAUGGCUGUUUUAGACCAACCUGUGUUCCCAACUGGAAACAACUAAUUGACUGAUAAAAAAUUGAAAUAAAGCCAAUUAGUGCACAAGUACAUAUUAUAAUUUUUUAAAUUGUAUUUUUAAACUGUUGUAAUAUACAGUGUAGCUCUAAUUUAAUUGAUACAUAUGAUGGCCAGUUGCUUGCAGCUACUCACAUGUGGUUACAAACGAAAAGAGCUCGAAAUAGUUUAAUAAUGUUGUCGUUGCCUUCUAAGCCAUUAACAGGGUUUCCACACUCUUAAUACAAUUUCCAAUAGUUUUGUUUUUCCUGUUAACCGAACUUUCAUUUCCUGUUUCAUCAAUCAACUUUUAAGAUGAAUUAAUACAUAAAAUUUCAAAUACUUAUGGAAAUGCACAUAAAAUUUACCAUAAAAGUUUUACCCACACUGUUAUCAUUUACAUCAUUGUGACAUCCUAAUGACUAUUAACAUUUGAUCAUGUUGGAAGUAAUUAAAUCAAUAGUCAAUACACAGUUUAGUCAUUGAUUGUUUCUCUAACAUUUAAUUGAUAAUAACUACAUGUGAGGCAGUUUGAAGCAAAGAGUGUGACAGAAUUUAGAUAUUAUGUUUAGUUUAAUGGAAAUUUUUGUAGGCCAAGAGAAACUGUUUGGUCCCAAAGUUCCCAAGUUGUAGUCUUAAUUAAUAUUUGUGCUGCCAUGUAGCAAGUUUUCGUACAUUACUUAAGAAAAUUUUAAUUCCUUUUGGAGGCGUUAAGGGUUGUUUACCCCUUUGGUUCUGACUGCCCCAUAUGUAACAUGAAUUAAAUGAAUACGUUAGUAUUGAAAAUUACUAAUGCAAUUUGGAAACUUAACAUUAUUCAAUUUCCUGAGUUUUUUUUUUUUUUUUACCCCAUUUCCCACAUUUUUCCUGUCUGCAGGAUGUUUGGCUUGAAAAAUAAAAAUAUAUUGACGUUAUGUUAGUUCUGUGUAAAGAUUUAAAAAACAAAAACAUUUUUAGUAAAAUUACAAUAUAAUUCAACUCAGUAUGCUACACAACUUUGUAGGAUUAUGAUUUUGGACUGUAUCUACUUUAGACAAUAUUUUUUAUUAAAGUUUGAAACAUUCUCUUUUCACCAAACAUAUUGUAGAUCGUAUCCUGUUAUUGUAAAGUAUUUUCAAAAUUUAGACUAAAAAUAAUCAAAAAAGUAUUUGUUGUUUUGAGUGAUGGACAGAUGGACUCAUUUUCACUGUAGUACUACAUACAAUGAAAACUAUUAAUGUAUAUGUAAUGCAGUUGGCUCUCUUUAAUCCGGCGUGAAUCGGUUCCGUAUGUUCUGUAAACCAUACCUGUUUUGAUAUCGCACACUUUAACAGUAAUGCUCUCGUGUAGAGGCGUGCAUUUUUCACGAAAAGAUUUUGAGACUAGUCAUGCGUUAAAGCAUCAUUAGCAUCGUAUUCCGUGAUUAGUGAAGUUUCUUUCUGACGUGUCUAAUGUCGGCACACGAAAGCGAAAGCAAAUGUGUCCCGAAUGGCUUGGGUCAAAUAAGGCACUGGCUUCUCUCGCAGGCGGCCGCCAGUUGCAAGGAAGAAACCGCUGGCGCAGGUAGCCCAUGUUGCAGUCAAAUGUUUUCGUGAAAAUUACCUGCCCCCACACAAGUGUAUUGCUUCUUGUCAUAGAGCAGCUUUUUGAAAAUAACUGUUUUUUGUAUAUUUGGUACACUCAUCAAAACUACGUUGACGUUCGCUAAUACGGCACAACCACGCUCCCGAACGUGCCGGGCUGAAGGGCCUUUGCUGUUCUUGUGAUUACAGAUAUUACGGUUGACCCAUGACAAUGGGGAACCGAUAGUGAUGUGUAUAUUUUUAACAGUGCCCUGUUUGUACCUUUGCGUGGCCAUGUAGUGAAGCAUUUUGUACCUGUUGCAAAUAAAGUGUUUUAUCUCUACAUCAAAA